AUGGUAGGCGAGAUCAUCUCGUUCCUCCGGACGGCGGCCUUCGUGGUCGCCCUCCUGCUUGUAUCCACGGCGGUGCCGGCGGCGGGGGCCGCCGCCUCCGCCGCCCACGUUCGGCCCCGGAAGCUGUUCCUAGUGAAACAGCAGCCCUUGGUGCUCAAAUACCACAACGGCGUCCUCCUCAAGGGGAACUACACCCUCAACCUCGUGUGGUACGGCCGCUUCUCCAUCGCGCAGCGAGCCAUCCUGACCGACUUCCUCGUCUCCCUCUCCUCCACCGUCGUCGGCGGCGGAGGCUCCGAUGCCCCGUCCGUCGCCGCCUGGUGGCGGACCACAGAGUUCUACGAUGGCGGCGCCACCAGGUUCCUCCUCGGGGCCCAAUCUAUCCUGGAGGACUACCCACGUGGGAAGCUCCUAACCGACGGCGAUAUCACCGCGCUUGCCGCCGCCGCCGGGGGCGGCCGCCACCGGGGCUCGGUUGCCGUGGUGUUCACCGCCGGAGAUGUUGCGGUGGAAGGGUUCUGCAUGAGCCGGUGCGGGUCUCACGGGGCGGCGCCGCUGCCAUCUGGGAAGAAUCGCCGGGCCCGAUUUGCCUACAUCUGGAUCGGCAACUCGGAAGCUCAGUGCCCUGGCCAGUGUGCCUGGCCCUUCCACCAGCCCGUCUACGGCCCGCAGACGCCGCCGCUGGUGGCGCCCAACGGCGACGUGGGAGUUGACGGGAUGGUGAUCAACCUGGCGACGCUGGUGGCGGGAACUGUGACGAACCCAUUCGCCGGCGGGUUCUUCCAGGGGCCUGCGGCAGCGCCGCUGGAGGCUGUGUCGGCCUGCACGGGCGUCUUCGGCAGCGGUUCCUACCCGGGGAACCCCGGCAAGGUGUUGACGGAUCCCGCCACCGGCGGCAGCUACAACGCCGCCGGAGUCGGCGGCCGGAAGUUCCUCCUCCCGGCGAUGUGGGACCCGAAGACCUCCCAGUGCUACACUCUCCUGUGA